AUGUCUUCUCAAUCGUACAGAUCUACGCGUAGCGCAUCCAAGCAGGACCUCUCCUUCGAGGAAGUCGUCAUGACUGGAUUGGCUAAGGAUGGUGGUCUUUUCAUUCCUUCAGAGAUUCCAAAGUUACCUGCGGACUUCGAGACCAAAUGGAAAGACUUGACUUUCGAGCAGCUUGCUUUCAACAUCAUGCGACAGUACAUUGCUUCUUCUGAAAUUCCAGAUGAGGAUCUCCGUCAGUUGAUUGAAAAGUCCUAUUCUACGUUUAGAAGUUCUGAAGUUACGCCAAUCAAAGAAUUGGAUGCAAGCAAAGGUUUGUAUUUGUUGGAGUUAUUCCACGGUCCCACUUAUGCAUUCAAGGAUGUUGCUUUGCAGUUUGUCGGAAACUUGUUUGAAUACUUCUUGGUGAGAAGGAAUGCAGGUAUCACCGACCCAGAAAAGAGAGAGAAGAUUACUGUUGUUGGUGCAACCUCUGGAGAUACUGGAUCUGCUGCCAUUUACGGUUUGAGAGGCAAAAAGGAUGUUUCUGUGUUUAUUUUGUAUCCUACUGGUCGUAUUUCGCCCAUCCAAGAAGAGCAGAUGACAACUGUUGAAGACCCUAAUGUACACACCUUGUCUGUCAAGGGAACCUUCGAUGACUGUCAAGACAUCGUCAAGCAAAUCUUUGGUGAAAAGGAAUUUAACGACAAGUACCAUGUUGGUGCUGUCAACUCCAUCAACUGGGCUCGUAUUUUAGCUCAGAUGACCUACUACUUCUACUCUUACUUCAGUUUGCUUAAGGUUGUUGAGUCUUCUGGCGUCAAGGACUUCAAGCCAAGAUUCGUUGUGCCUUCCGGUAACUUCGGUGACAUUUUGGCUGGUUAUUAUGCUAAGAAGAUGGGUUUGCCUGCUGAUAAGUUGAUUAUCGCAACUAAUGAAAAUGACAUUUUAGACCGCUUCCUAAAGACGGGAAGAUACGAACGGGAUGGUGAGGUGAAGGCCACCUACUCUCCAGCUAUGGACAUCUUGAUCUCGUCCAACUUUGAGAGAUUAUUGUGGUACUUGGUUAGAGACAAUGUCGCUGGAGGAGAUGAUAUUGAGGCUGGUAAAACCUUGAACGACUGGAUGCAACAGUUGAAGUCCACGGGUUCUGUUGUUGCUCCAGAAGCUGUUACUGAGGCUGCUAGAGUCGAUUUUGAUUCUGAGAAAGUUACUGAUGAGCAGACUGCAGUCACCAUCAAAGAAAUUUACACAACCCAUCCAGAGAAGUAUGUGUUAGACCCACACUCCGCUGUUGGUGUUACAACCUCGUUCAGGAAUAUUCAGAGAGAUAACAACGCAGGCGUAUCCAAAUACCAUUACAUCUCUUUAUCCACGGCUCACCCGGCUAAAUUCUCCGAGGUUGUCAAUAAGGCGUUGGAUACUAUUGAGGGUUAUUCUUUCGAGAAGGAUGUUCUUCCUGACGAAUUGAAGGCGUUAGCCACUAAGGAGAAGAGACUUUUGCUCAUUGAUGAACCUUCUUUGGCUAAGGUCAAGGAUGCAAUCGUAGAAGAGUUGGCAAAAGAACCAAAGGACAUCUAG